AUGGAUGGAGGAGCGGACAUGGGCGACUUGCCCAUGAUAAAAUGCUCCAGUUGCGGAGUUAACGUGGAUAUAUUCGCUAUGGGAGAUCAUGUCUGCGGGAAACCUGCACUUGCUACGUCGCGAACGCCGUCACCUCCUCCGCCGCCUCCAAAAUCGAGCUUUCGAAGACCAACACUGGGGGCAGAAGAUGCAUGGGCUUCGAAACCUGGAAGAGCCGACCCGCCAUCACGGAUCGAUCCUACAAGGGCCAAUCGACCGUUUUUGCAGCCAAACAACGACUUAGCCGGUAACGGUUCACUCGUCCCGUCUCCCCUUUCAACGUCUCCAGGAUCACGGUCUCCACUUCGUGAUGUACAGCGAAGUCAGACUACUCCAAUACCCGCGGUUGCUCCUACAGCCAGCAGUGGUGAAGACAUUCCCAACUUCCCGCUACCUCGAUCGAUGUCUGGCCGCCGGGUCAAUGGUAUGACUCUCAAGGAAGCCAUUUCGGCACCUCCGGCUCCCUCGCCUGGAUAUGCGGACGCAAUGGGUACGGACUUGGAUCGCCCACCUCACAGUGCACACCUACCACUUUCACAAUAUGCGCCUCCGCCACCACCAUUACCAAAGGACAACGAUACCUCGUAUGGCAACGGCCACCAACAUACUAUGUCAAUGGACAGCAAAAGCAGUUAUCGAACCUCCUUGGCAAGUACACGUUAUGAUAAUCGCAACUCGAAACGAUCGACAGCAAUGUCCAGCCGGCGGCCAUCGUUCAGCAGCGUGACUCGCGCCGGAUAUAGAUAUGAGGACGACAUUCCUCCGAUCCCGCCAGAUCCCCGGCAUUUUCUCCAUCAAUCCGUCUUCUCAGAUUCGUCGAUGUCCGAAGUGUCUGCGAAUCGCGAGGGCAAAAGCGAGGUACAUAGUGGUUUUGAUUUCGGGGGUGGAAAUGCCAGCCUCAAAGGGGAUCUUGAUAAGCCGAGUGCUAGCCCAUUGCGCGUAUCAUCGAACACUAAUUCUGAGCGUUUGAGCAGCUCUCGCGGAUCUGCUGAAUUAUUUUUCAACAGCCCAGCACAAAGCACAUAUGGACCUCCACUCGAUUUACCUGACCCGGACCUCUCACGAUCUGCAUCCCCAGCUGGGUCUGGCAAAAUCGAGUACAAAGCUUUCAAGCCAUCAGGCUCCGAUUAUCUACAGCCCAACCCCACAGACCAUAAUCAGCGAGAGGAAAUGCAUCGAAAGAACUCAGAUGCUAGCAGUGAAAGUGCGCUCUCCGUCUCCAACUUUGCUCGUGCUCUUGGUCUCGAUAUCGACGACACUGUUGAGGAUUCGACGACCUCUUCUGAAUCCUCCCCAUCAGAAACCCGAAGCGGCACAUCACUGUCCAGCAUUCAGUCUGACAUGAGCAUGCCAAGACGCAAGCCAUCAGAUCAGAGCCGUCUCGGCCCCGUGGCGGAAGAUCGUCAGAUCGAAGCUCAAGCGAAGGCUAACCUAGUCUUGGAUGAAGCCCUUCAUACAGAAAGCCCGACGAGCCUGGAGCCACCUCGAAUCCCUGAAUCUCUCUUCAGCCCCGACUCCCCUACAGAUCCAGCUCUCGUCGGAGGUGGCUUAUCCCUUAUUCCUGAGAGACCACCACUACCUCCAGUCGCGCAUGAAAUGCAAGAGCCCCGGCCAAUGAUUACUAGAUCCGCGACGGAACCCGCCCCUCGACCCCAACAGCCCCGGCCACGGGGACCCUGCCGCGGUUGCGGCGAGACGAUCAUGGGGAAAUCCAUCUCCUCUGCCGACGGUCGCCUGACUGGCCGAUAUCACCGUGCCUGUUUCGUAUGCUACCAAUGCCGAACGCCUUUCGAGACGAACGACUUUUACGUCCUCAAUGACCGCCCUUACUGCGCCCAGCAUUACCACGAAAGAAAUGGCUCCAUUUGCGCCGGAUGUCACAACGGUAUUGAAGGUCAAUACCUCGAGACCAACGAGCGCACCGGCCCCGGCCCUGCCGAUCGUCAGAAAUUUCAUCCGCAAUGUCUCCGCUGCCGUACAUGCCAGGUCGACCUGAAGGGCGAGUACUUCGAAUGGAACGGAUUCGUUUACUGCGAACGUGAUGCCAAACGCGCAGCAGCCUCCGUGUCUCCCCACCGCUUCCGCCGCCCAACAAUGCCCUCUUCACCUCUCGCGCCUCCGUAUGGUGCCCCUCCUCCGUCCCGUGGACGACCACCACCUCCAGGAUAUCCCGGCCGAGGAGGCCGUGGCGGCUUCCGUCCGCCCCCAGGCUCACUUGACCCAUAUGGACCACCUCCACCCGGCCGAGAAAGAGGACCCCACGGCGGUCCUCCACCUCCGUCACCUGGUGGUAAUCUCGGUCCGCCCUCGGGCCCGCGUCGCUUUCCCGAACGGCGAACAACCAAACUGAUGAUGAUAUGA